CCAGCUUCAACGCCUCCACCAUCGUCUCAGACCCAUCCCCCCUAGUCCGACUGCUGCAAAAUGGCUCGUAAUGAGGAGAAGGCGCAGUCCAUGCUCUACCGGUUCCGCGAGGCGCAAGCCGCUGAGCUCGGGCUGGGGACGCGGAGCGACCGCAGACCACGCAUGGCGAGCGCGUGCAAGAGCCUGCGCGAGUGCGAGCGGUGGCGAGGAGAGAUUCUGCGCGAGAUUAGCAGAAAGGUGUCCAAAAUCCAGGACUCAGGAUUGACAGACUACGAAGUGCGCGACCUGAACGACGAGAUCAACCGGCUCCUGCGCGAGAAGCGGCACUGGGAGAACCAGAUCGUCGCGCUCGGCGGCGCGAACUACCGGCGCAAUGUCGCGAUGCUGGACGACGACGGGAAGGAGGUCCCAGGCACGAAGGGCUACAAGUACUUCGGGCGCGCGAAGGAGCUGCCUGGGGUGAAGGAGAUGUUCUCGAGCAAGAAGUCCGAGGAGGACGAGGAGAACAAGGUGCACGGCUACUACAAGAAGUUCACGAACCAGGGCCCUGGGUACUUUGGCGACCUCGACGAGGCGGAUGGGACGCUGCUCGAGUAUGAGGCACACGCGGAGGAGGAGGAGUGGGAAGACGCAUACACCCACAUCCGGACCGUCCUCGGCCUCCCCACAGACGACCCCAUCCCCCCAUUCUCCCGCCCCGUAAAACCGCUAUCUGCGCUCCUCACAGAGGCGAGCCAGGCCUCCGCGCCCCCAGAGGCGAAGCGCAAGGCCCCCGACGGCGACACGGACGGCGACGUCGACAUGUCCGCAGCCGCCCCCUCCGACGUCGCAAAGCGUGCGCGCACAGACGGUGCCGACGCACCAACAGGGACAGCAGGAGACGCAGACGCGUCUACGGAUGCAGCAAUGCUCGCGCACGCGACACGCACGGCGGCGUACAUUCCGGUGCUCUCCCCGGAGAUCCUCAUGCCGCCAAAACUCCCGACACGGGAGGAGAUGGAGCAGUUCCUGCUGGAGCUGAGGAAGAAGGCGCUGGUGGAGGAGUAUUUCGGAGACGAGAAGUAGCGUCGAUGGCGGGCGCAUUCUUCUCUUCCUUGCCGCGUACUGGUAUCAUACGCGUCUGUAUUAUUUGCAUUGUAUCUGCACUGCUCU